AUGCUAAACCGGGUGCGCUCGGCCGUGGCGCACCUGGUGAGUCCGGGAGGCGCUUCGCCUCCGCGCCCCAAGUCCCCCGAUCUGCCCAGCGCGAGCUCGGCGCCGGCCGUCUCUGCCGCAGAAGCGUCCAAGAGCCCCCCGGCGAGGCCCGGGAGCGGGGCGCCCACGAAGACCGUAGAUGCCCGGGCGAGCUUCUCCAGACCGACCUUUCUGCAGCUGAGCCCCGGGGGGCUGCGACGCGCCGACGACCACGCGGGCCGGGCUGUGCAGAGCCCCCCGGACACGGGCCGCCGCCUGCCUUGGAGCACAGGCUACGCCGAGGUCAUCAACGCUGGCAAGAGCCGACACAAUGAGGACCAGGCUUGCUGUGAAGUGGUGUAUGUGGAAGGCCGGAGGAGUAGUACGGGGGCUUCCAGAGAGUCUCGUGGAAGCCAGGGACUCUGCUUCUACUACUGGGGCCUCUUUGACGGGCAUGCUGGUGGUGGAGCAGCUGAAAUGGCCUCUCGGCUCCUGCAUCGCCACAUCCGGGAACAGCUAAAGGACCUAGUAGAAAUCCUUCAGAACCCCUCGCCGCCUCCCCUGUGUCUCGCUCCCAGCCCGGGAGCCUCAGGUCCCUCCAGUCCCUCUCACCUGGUUUGUCCUCACUCUUGCUGGUCUCCACAGAAGGAAGUAACCCAUGAGAGCCUGGUGGUAGGGGCCAUUGAGCAUGCCUUCCAGCUCAUGGAUGAGCAGAUGGCCCAGGAGCGACGUAGCCACCAAGCGGAGGGGGGCUGCUGUGCAUUGGUUGUCGUGUACCUGCUAGGCAAGGUGUAUGUGGCCAAUGCAGGGGACAGCAGGGCCAUCAUUGUCCGGAAUGGUGAAAUCAUUCCAAUGUCUCGGGAGUUCACCCCGGAGACAGAGCGCCAGCGUCUUCAGCUGCUUGGUUUCCUGAAACCAGAGCUGCUGGGCAGUGAGUUCACCCACCUUGAGUUUCCCCGAAGAGUUCAGCCCAAGGAGCUGGGGCAGAGGAUGCUGUACAGGGACCAGAACAUGACUGGCUGGGCCUACAAAAAGAUUGAACUGGAGGAUCUCAGGUUUCCUCUGAUCUGUGGGGAGGGCAAAAAGGCUCGGGUGAUGGCCACCAUUGGGGUGACCCGAGGCUUGGGAGACCACAACCUUAAGGUCUGCAGUUCUACCCUGCCCAUCAAACCUUUCCUCUCCUGCUUCCCUGAGGUACGAGUAUAUGACCUGACUCAGUAUGAACACUGUCCAGACGAUGUGCUAGUCCUGGGGACAGACGGCCUAUGGGAUGUCACCAAUGACUAUGAGGUAGCUGCCACUGUGGACAGAGUGCUGUCAGCCUAUGAGCCCAAUGACCCCAGCAGGUAUACAGCUCUGGCCCAAGCUCUGGUCCUGGGGGCCCGGGGCACCCCCCGGGACCGUGGCUGGCGUCUCCCAAACAACAAGCUGGGUUCCGGGGAUGACAUCUCGGUCUUCGUCAUCCCCCUGGGAGGGCCAGGCAAUUACUCCUGAAGGGGCUCCCCCAUCCCGCUCACCACCAUCCCGGCCUCUCCAAACUUACCCUUCCCCAACCCAGAUGCUGAAGUAUGUCCAUGACUCUUCAGUGGCAAUUUAACUGACAAAGGGAUGCUCACUAGAUCCGGAAUUACAGCUACUGGCAAAUAAAUCAGAUGGACAAA